AUGGCCCACAUUAACGGUGCCAACAGUCAUGGGUACUGGUUCAAACCUUAUCCCAACCUUAACGGAGAGGAAGACAACGGAAACCUCCCGGUCGCGAUCCUCCAAGGACAAGAAGGUAUUCUGGACCUUCUGUACGAUGUGGAAGAGCGAGUUGGCGCUCUUCACGAGGCAGUACUUGCGUCGUCAACCUCAGGCGCAACGCUGGAAGAAGCAGACCAGAUCUGGUUUACUAUCCGAGCCAAUAUCAGGAGGUUUGAGACCUCCAUCACGAGCUAG